AUGGCCCGGCCACCUCCCUGCUGGCUGUGGGUUCUGGGGACCCUGGCAGGGCUCUCAGUGACCCCAGCCUCGAAGAGGUGUCCGGAAAAGCAUUACCUGGCUCAGGGAGAACGGUGCUGCCAGAUGUGUGAGCCAGGAACGUUCCUGGUGAAGGAGUGUGGCCAGCACGAAAAGGCUACUCAGUGCGAUCCGUGUACACCGGGGGUCUCCUUCUCGCCAGACCACCAUACCCGGCCCCACUGUGAGAGCUGCCGGCACUGUAACUCUGGUGAGAUGGGCAAGCAUUUGGGGGAGCAAAGCGGCAGAUCUAAAGUGGCCCCUUUGAACAAAUAUUCUCCAGCAGGACACUUUCUGUCACCAGGUCUUCUCAUUCGAAACUGCUCCCUCACCGCCAACUCGGAGUGUGCCUGCCCCGAGGGCUGGCGGUGCAGGGACAAGGAGUGUACAGAGUGUGUUGGCCCAGCCCAGGCCCCAGGCCCACACCCACAACCCUCCCACUCACCUUAUGCUGAAGAGAUAUCAGAGGCCAGGGCAGGCCAGCAUAUUCGGACUCUGGCUGAUUCCAGGUGGCUGCCUGCCCCAACUCUCUCUACCCACUGGUCACCCCAAAGGUCCCUGUGCAGCGCAGAUUGCAUCCGCAUCUUUGUGCUCCUCUCUGGAAUGUUUCUUGCUUUCACCAUAGUCGGAGCCCUGUUCCUCCAUCAACAAAGAAAAUAUAGAUUAAACACGAGAGAAAGUCCAGUGGCGCCUGCAGAGCCUUGUCCUUACAGCUGCCCCAGGGAGGAAGAGGGCAGUGCCAUCCCCAUUCAGGAGGAUUACCGAAAACCAGAACCCGCUUCCUACCCCUGAGCCAGCGCUC